AUGAUUCAAGGCAUCUUCUACGCUCGAUUCUUCCCCCAAGAAGGCCCCAAAAUCGUUGCCCAGGCUCCCCCAGGCUGCAUCACCGCCUCCGGCACCGAAACUCCCCUCGUCGACUUCGACGUCUUACAAGAAUACAUCAUCCCUCGCCAGGCCUUUUGCAACCGCUAUGUCACCAUCAACUCCCCCGACGGCAAGUACACCAUCCUGGGUUUUCCCGUCGUCAUCCCGCACACAAAGUACAUGCGCAAUGAGUUCAUCUUCAACUUUGGCCUGCUGGUCGAGACCGACUGCGACCAGACGCCGUUUGAGCGCGUCGUGAGGUGUCUGGCCGAGACCUUUGCCGAGAUGGAGAAGCAAAACGAGUAUCUGAGCCUCAGCGAGGCAAAGGGCCCCGAGGGCGGCGACGGCGUACGAAGGCCCAUUGAGAGUUUGCUCGAGAUUGUCAAGGAGGAUCUGAACAAUUACGGCGAGUGCAUGAUUCCAGUUGGUCAGUUCACCUCAUCAAUCUCACAAUGCAUUCAUCUAAGCAUCUACUAA